AUGGCGGGUAAUGAGAAGGAAGAGGAGCCUGCGACGUUGAUGGAAGAAGAUGACAAAAUAACUAACGAUGACCCGGGAAAUGGAGCCACUGCUGAUCAAGAGACAAGCGAUAAACUUAUUCGCUUGCCGUUAACUAGAAUUAAGCACAUCAUGAAGUCGGACCCAGACGUGACACUGUCUAGUCAAGAAGCCGUUGUCAUGCUGGCAAAAGCCACGGAAUUGUUUGUGCACAUGUUAUCAGCUGAUGCUGUAACUCACACAGUUCAGAGCAAGCGGAAAACCCUUCAGAGGAAAGAUUUGGACAAUAUCCUGGAUGCCAGAGACUGCUACUCUUUCUUAGAAGGAAUUAUUGACAGCUAGAACCAUGGGUGACAACUCCUCCUGACCAUAAUGUCAUCAAACGUUCUCUGUGAGGAAAAUGAAGAAUCUUCCUCCGUCUGACAUUUCAACAACAGGACCAUGUUGCUGUAAAAUACUUGACUCACUGUACAGAACCAAUCAUAACGUAAAUGCUUCAACUUGUGUACAUUAACACUGUAAUAAAACAACAUAACUAUCUGGA